AUGGCGUCAACUGCUGCGGAGCAAAAUAAGGACCUUGCUGACAAUCUUCAGUUAAAUCUUGGUGAGCUGGACUUAACUUCAGAAGAUUUUUGGCUGGAGGAAGCUGAUGUACAUAUUCAACAGAAUUUGGAAGAUGACAUUGUUAAAGAAGCCCUCAACACUGGGGUUGACUUGAGGCAGUAUUCCAAACAAGUGGAGAAAGAACUACUGGAUGUGGAGAAUGCCUCCAUACAGGACUACAUCAAGGAAAGCCAGAACAUUGCCAGUCUGCACAAACAGAUUGCUUCCUGUGACACUAUUUUAGAGAGAAUGGAACAGAUGCUGAAUGGCUUCCAGGGAUGGAGAGAUCUAUGACAGAUCAGUGGCCAGUUCAGAGUUGUGUGGUUCCAUGCAAUCAAAUAAUCUUAACUUAUUAUAUUACAGGCUGUGAGAGGAGAGCUGAGUCAGUUUGUUGAUGAGAUGGUUAUACCAGAGACAAUGAUCAAUCACAUCCUCGACACACCAGUAACAGAGAGAGAAUUCCUUGAACAUCUCCAUGAGUUAAACCACAAAAUUAACUUUGUCAAGGAGCAGUCUUUCCGAGAUGCCAAGUCUUGUUACGAUGUCCGUGAUAUUCUAGAAAAAUUGAAAAUAAAGGCUAUAGCCAAAAUCAGAGAAUUCCUAAUGCAGAAGAUAUACUCCUUCCGCAAGCCUAUGAGCAACUAUACAAUACCACAAAAUGCAAUGCUGAAAUUUAGGUUUUUCAAUGAAUUCUUGAUGGCCAAUGAAAGACAUGUUGCUAAGGAAGUUAGAGACGAAUACAUUGAUACCAUGGGGAAGAUGUACUACUCUUAUUUUAAGGGUUACCUGAGCAGACUGAUGAAAUUACAGUUCGAAGAAGUAGCAGAGCGAGAGGACUUGAUGGGGGUAGAAGACACUGCCAGAAGAAGCUUCUUCUCCACGAAACCAACAUUAAAAAAUAGGUCAACAGUGUUUACUCUCGGUAACCGUGGUAAUAUCCUUGGAUCAGAUCUGGAGGGUCCCAUCAUCGUCCCUCAUGCAGCUCAAAAGUCUGACACCAAGUACAACUUUGAGUGUCUGUUCCGUAGUAUCCACUUCGCCCUGAUGGACAACUGUUGUCGAGAAUACCUGUUCCUUGUUGAUUUCUACAUGGCAUCUGGUUCCGCCUCUAUAGACCUAUUUAAUGCUAUCAUUGGCAAAACCCUCACACUCUACCUGAAACAAAUGGAGGAGUACAUCAAUGACUGCUAUGAUUCUAUCGCCAUUUUUCUCUCCAUUCACAUCGUAUAUCGCUUCCAUUCCAUCAUGCAGAAGAGAUCAGUGCCAGCUCUAGACAGGUACUGGGACGCACUACAACAAAUGAUGUGGCCAAGAUUUGAAUACAUCCUCGACCUUAACAUACAGAGUGUCCGUGACUGUGACCCACAGAAGUUUGGCCACAUUGACAACCGGCCACAUUAUAUUACACGACGUUAUGCUGAGUUCUCAGCAGCUAUUGUGGGAAUCAACCAAUCAUUUCCCAACGAGAGAGUCCAGCGCAUCCUGGAGCAGCUGCAGACAGAAGUGGAAAAUUUCAUUCUAAAGAUGGCUGCUGAGUUUCCACACCGCAAAGAACAGCUGAUCUUCCUAAUCAACAACUAUGACAUGAUGUUGGGGGUCAUUAUGGAGAGAACGACAGAAGAUUCCAAAGAAUCUGAAAGUUUUAAGGAAUUGCUAACUGCACGCACAACAGAGUUCAUUGAGGAGGUUCUUUCCCCUCACUUCGGGGGUCUCAUUAGCUUUGUAAAGGACUGUGAGGUGAUGUUGGAACGUGGUCACACUGAUAGUCUCAAACACGAGGAGAGACGGGUACAGCAGAUAGUGAGAGGCUUCAACAAUGACUGGAAACGGGCCCUAGAAGUGAUCAAUGGUGAUGUAAUGAGAGCAUUUACAAACUUCAAAAAUGGAACACAGAUACUACAGGGAGCCCUGACCCAGCUGAUUCAGUAUUACCAUCGCUUCCAGAAAGUUCUCUCACAAGGACCCUUCCGUAAUAUGGCCAUCAGGAACGAGCUCAUCAACAUUCACCAUGUCAUGGUGGAAGUAAAGAAAUAUAAACCAACAUUUUAGAUCCUUCUUGUUAACGAGUUAUCACAAUGUAACAUUGAGAUUCAGAAUCCUUGUUAGAAUACAACGUACCUGUGAUUUGAAUUUGGGACAUUCUCACUGAUUUAGUGUUGUAAUUAAUAAGAACUUCUGAUAGACUUCAAACUCACAUACAAAAACUAUGAUUUAAUUCUGACAUCAUUUAGAUUGAGGGUUGGUUGUUUUGUCAGGAUCAUGUACAAACAUUUUAUAAAGUGGAAUAAAACUUUUUGUACAUAUUUAUGUAUCUAUAUAAAACAUAAAUUAUAAAUGUUUAAACAGAUCGUUGUAAAAUAUGUUUGAGCAGUUCUUUGUAAAGACAUGUAAUUAUGUACCUCUGAGACUGUUGUCUGUGACUUUGUAGAUUAAUGGAUUUUUUCUGUGUAUAUUUAUUUUAACAAUUUGCCUGUCACAGCUGUGUACCAGAAAUAUUUAGGUGGAACAUUCCAUAUCAUUAUGUCCCCACAGAACUAUCGAUGAGGAUAUGAAAGAAGGAGAGAGAAAGAGGAGGAAGAGAGAGGGGAAAAGAAGAGAAAGUGAGGGUGAUGAGAGAGAGAUGGGAGGGGGACAGAGAGAGGGAGAGAGAGGGGAGAGGAAGAGAAAGCAAGGGUGAUGAGAGAGAUAUGGGAGGAGGACAGAGAGAGGGAGAGAGCAUAUGAAAUUA